AUGGGUUGGGAGGGACCAAGGGGCGCUCUGGUUCUGCUGACCUGCGUUAAUCACAGCCAGGAGGUCCACACUAGUACCAUGAGGCCUGGGAAGCAGCCUGCGUGGGGUCAGAGAAGUGGUGGAUGUGGCUCCCAAAGUGGCUUACGGGGUCCCUUCCCUGUGGCUGUUUCCUUACUGGAUGCAGCAGGGUCAGGCCCUUCCCCUGUGACGUUUUCUCCUCUUUAUCACAGUGGCGGGAGCGUCCCCGUGAGAGGCCCGACCCAGGUGUGGGCCACGCUGCGAGCCCGAGGACCAAGCGGCACUCCUGGGAUGCAGAGGAGGAUUUGUGACAGCUUAGGGAACAGACAAAAUGGUUUCGAAAAGGCUAAUGGCAGGAAUAAAUCCAACUUGAUCAUAACAUCCAACUGUGUUGCCCAGGCUCGUCUCAAACUCCUGGAUUCAAGAGCUCCUCUCCUCUCAGCCUACGAAAGUGCUGGGAUUAAAGUUUCCCCCAAGGUCACAGAAUUAUCCAGGCCAACCAAUAACACCUCCUGUGGGAACCAGGAGCAUCUCACCCUCUUGAUACUACAAAGCCUUCCCCGACACCUCCUGUUUGUUCUCUCUGCUCCCAGUCCUGAACUGACAGCCACAAGUGGCACCUGAACAGGGACUUGAACAAAGAAGGUCUGCUGGAGCAGAAAAAGAGAAACUGACCAGAUGAAUGAGAAACCCUGGGAUGAGUCUGCCUGCAGAGGAUAUAAGGAGAUGGAUAAACCGUGUGAGUGCCCUCAAGUUGUGUGCGACCAUGGAAUGGGAGACUGGAGGGAUACAUGGAUCCCAACUACAGGCCCAGCUCCUCCAGUAUGAGCCAUGAGCCAGUUGAAUCUGAAUGUGAAGAUGGAAUGAAGACCGACCAGAGUCACACUGACGUCAACCCUCGUAACAUGGGGUCAGAUCAAGAAAACCACACCAGAAGCUGAGAAACUGGUGUAGUGCCAGGGUCAGGCAAAAACCCCUGACUCCAUGUUUAUGGCCAUGCUAGCUGUAAUAUCCUGUGCAGUAUGAUUUUUCUGUGCAGAAGCAAAAACAUAUUGGGCAUAUUUUCCUAACCCACCGGUAGUGUGAUCAUACUCUGAAGCAGCACUCCUCCUGAGACAUAUCAUGAUCAAGGAGCAUCAGUACCAGGACCUCUAACUCCCCCUGACACAGAGCAAUUAGACUCUCAGAACAAUGGUAUCAAUUAUACCACUCCAUUGGAGGGACUUCCUUUAUGUGUCACCCAGGAUACGUUGCUCAACUGCAGUUGCCUUGCAGUUUGAUCCCAAGCAUGGUUGAGUUACCAUAAAAAAGUUAUGUACCUAUUAGACCUUAGCUUUAUUAAUAUUACUUGUGUAGUUACUAAUCACUCCUGGCCCCAUCACCCAAAUUGUACUGAUUAUACAGAAUGGGCUCCCUUUGAUAAUUCUCACCCCCCUCCUUGGGCCCACUGUCUUGGCCCCUUAGCUAGACAAUAGUCCAUGUUAAUGGGAGACAUUAUUGACUGGGGUCCCUGUGGUCAUUAAGAUGGGAGAGAUGAGAAUCAGACCACAUGGCAUAAACUUCACUGGCACUGGUGGUGAAACUUUAACAUCUCUUCACUUCAACACACUGGGAUUCAAUCCCAAUCUGCCAUGCAACUUGCUUGGCAUGGAACGGGCUUUAGCCCACCUUUGCCUCAAUGGCAUUAUCAAGGAAAGAGAGGUCCAAUUCAGGAGUCUAUGUGGAAGGCAGCACUCCCAUAUAUGAAUGGCAGCAUUUGGGUUGGGACACUAUCCAGUAAUAGUAAUAGUGCUCAAUACAGUUUAAUGUUACCUUUGUAAAAAAUGUUUGAAAUUUGUGUUUUUAAUCCCUAUGUUUUUCUAGCAGCAAAAAAGGACCAACUCCAGGUAAACAAUGCCCAAUUGAAUUGUGAUUCCUGUCAACUCUAUCAUUGCCUUAAUCAUAGCACAAUACAAACACACAGCAUAUCCACCCUAAUAAUUCUAGGUCGCAUUCCUGGAUUAUGGAUUCCUGUAAAUCUGUCUGAGCCUUGGGCAGCCACCCCCACUUUACAUUUUGUAAAACUUCUUACUCAGCUUACUCAUGGCACUCGUAGAGCCUUAGGCAUGAUAAUUUUUACUAUAGUCUCCUUAAUUACAUUAAUACCCUCUGUUGUGGUGUCCUCAGUAGCACUGGACAGCUCCAUUCAAACAGCUCAAUAUGCAGAAAAUUGGAUGCAUACAGCUGACCAGGCAUGGAUGUUUCAAAAUAAAACUAACACUGAGAUACAAACAGAAGUGGCAAUGUUAAAGACUACUGUUCUGUGGCUAGAAGAACAAGUACAAAGCUUGCAGUUGCAGCAGCAAUUGCGUUGUCAUUUUAACCAUACUCAUAUUUGUGUAACCAAUUAGGAAUAUAAUCAAAGUGAAUAUCCAUGGAACCUUGUAAAGGCCCAUUUACAGGGAGCUGUUACAUCCAAUGUUACUUUUGAUAUUAAUGAUUUACAAAGUAAAAUUCUAACAGCACCUCAAUAUCUUUUUCAUAAUUAUUGGAAUAAUGUUACUAUGUUUCUGUUUUUUGUUCAUAGUCUGUAAAAUCAACUGGAACACCAACCAGCAAUUGAGAGCUGCACAGCCUGCAAUUACCUUUAUUCAAUUAAAUCAAAAGCAGAAAGGGGGAGAUGUUGGAGGCUGAAAGAAUGAGGGUCAUGACCAACUCAGUAUACCACUGGAGGCUAUGUGAGCAAACAGCAUACUGUUCUCAUGAAUACAGGAUAUUGGCAAGCUGACAGCUGCAUCUGCCACCAGAAGGAAUGCUGAGGACAGUCAUGCACCAGGCACAGUGUUCCUUGUAGUUAUCUAUAGGAACAUCUGGACCCUGUUGUAUAAAGAAAGCAAUUAUUUGAGCCUGUGAUAAAUCAAGCAGCUGACUAAAACUGUUACCCCUUCCUCCCUGUUGAUUCUACCUAAUACAUGCGAAGGGCUGUAUAAGCUCAGGGCCCUUGUUCCCUAGAAGCAAGGAGCCCCCUGACCCCUUCUUUAC